CGGCGGCUCCGCAAGGGGCCGGGCCAUGCACAAGCCCAUGGAGAAGUCCCAAAACUUCCGCAUCGAGGCGCUUCUGGCUGAAGAGCCGGCGCGGAGCCGGUCCCCACCGGGGCUGAGCCCCGAGAGCCCCGUGGCGAGCCCCGACCCCGCUGGACGUUCCGACGCCGCCUCACCGCGGGCUCUGCCGGCCGCCGCAGCCCUCGCCCCGGCCGGCUUUGUCCCCAAGCCCGGCUUGCUGCAUCUCCCCGGCCCCGGGCUCGGCACCCUGCCGGCCCUGUACCCUUCUGCUGUGUACCCCCUCCAGGCCCUGGGGAGCCAGCACCCCUCGUUCUCCUACACCGGCAUCCCCCACCUGCCGCCGCCCGGCGCGGAGCAGCUGAAGGCGGCCGUGGCCGGCUCCUUCCCCCUGGAGCACUGGAUCCGAGCCGGGAUGCUGGUGCCGAGGUUCUCCGACUUCCACGCAGCCCCACAGUCUGGCUUGAUGGGGAAGUGCCGUCGGCCCCGUACAGCCUUCACCAGCCAGCAGCUCCUGGAGCUGGAGAACCAGUUCAAGCUCAACAAGUACCUGUCCAGACCCAAGCGCUUUGAGGUGGCCACAUCGCUGAUGCUCACCGAGACACAGGUGAAGAUCUGGUUCCAGAACCGCCGCAUGAAGUGGAAGCGGAGCCGCAAAGCCAAGGAGCAGGGAGCUCAGGUGGAAGCUGACAAGCAACGAGGGCUCAGCAAAGCCUGCGAGAAGCUGCUGUCCGGCGAGCCCCAGGGACAAGCUACAGAAAGCCCCGAAUUUAUGGGGUGCAGCCCCCGCUCGGGCUUCCUGCACCGCAGCGCCGCCCAGCUGGGCUAUGGCCCGGACUCCUCCUGCUCGGGGGAUGAGGAGGACGAGGAAGAGGAGGAGGACGAGAUGGGUGCCACGAAGAGGAAGAUCGGCUCUGUGUUGUGAAAGGCAGAUGAAGCCAGUCGGGGAGAGGGGCUGGGCUGCAGUGUCUGGUGCUCUCUUUGCUGGCAGACACGGACUGUGCCUCGGCGGAAUCGGAGGGGCUGCAGGGCUCCUGCCCCCCCCCUUUAACUUAUGUGUGUUUGGUUCCUAUUUAACUCGUAAUUAUUCCUCUGUGUGUACCUGGGGGAGUCCCCACAUCCAUCCCCUAUAAAGCUGUUAUCCGGUUGCCUGUGCUCUUCCUUAGGGGACAAGAGGCUCUGCCCUGCUCCUGAGCUGCGGUGCCCUGCCAGGGUCCCUGGGGAGCUGGGUGGGGACAGUAGACUUGCACAGCUGGCAGCCCACAACACAGCUGGAGAGGAGAGACCCUGGACCCUCCUUCAACUGUGCACUGCCCUUCCGUGCCAAUACAACAGUGACUGGAGCAGUGCACCCGUGCAUGGUGCCAGCUGCCCUUCCCCUUGCCGUAGUGAAGGGCUGGGAAGGAGGAUGUCCAGGAUGCGUGGCAGCCUGCCCUGCUUCCUCCUGCAUCUCUAGUGUCCCUGGUGGGGUCUGCACUUGUAGGACAAACCUAGACUGUCAACUCUGCAAAGCAGAGCUGGUUGUUACUUGGCUAUGGUAGUGCUGUUUCCCAUGCUGCAUAUUAGCCUGGUUGCAGCGGCAUGGCAUUUCCCCAAAGUAAGGUGGGGAUGGAGCCCUCCUCAGUUUAGGGAGGUGCUCAGGCUGUUUGUGAGCACUCAUUGCUGUGGUAAGCCCCACUUUUUCUACGGUGAUGUCUGAAUCUCUCCCAAUCCCUCCAUGGGCUGAUUUCAUGAUCAUCUUGGGACCUUGCUGGCUCUCACUGGGUUCAAAUCAACCCCUGGCAGCAGGGUGACAAUGGACACCCUCUGCCACCUCCCUAGAAGCACCAGGAUUAAGCCCUGACUGCCCCUAAGCGAGCAGGCUGCCCUUGUCCUCAGCAUGCUAGAGGCUCCUAGCAGAUCUCUUAUGUCGUCUGCAUGAGGAGGAAAGUGAGCGUCUCUUCCAUCACCUCCUGCCCCAAUAAUGGCUUUAUUGCCUGGCUGAU